ACAGUGUGGGAAAUACAAAAAGCCUGGAGCACUGGCCUGAGGGUAGAAAAGGAGCUUUCCCCUCCGUUUUCAAAAAUCUGUACCGCCAGUUUCUACGAUCUUUCACAUCCGCCGAAGUUUAGCCGCCAUUUUACAAAGAAGACACCUUGAUCACCUCGAGAUGCUGAGAAACAACCCUCGCCGAGCUGGCCUGAAGGCUCUGCAGGCAAUCAAAGAGAACGGCCAGAACGCCAAGAACAAAGGCAGAACCAACAACUCUAAGUCCAAGUCAGAGAACCCCCAGCCAGCAGGGAAGAAGCGAUCUUCAAGUCCAAACGGCUCCAUUCUGGCCCUGGCUCCAAAGCCAAAGAGAAACGCGCUGGGAGACGUCACCAACAACAAGGAACAGCAGUCGUCUCAGAAGGUGGCUGUUGUGAUUCACUCCCCCGAGGUCAACCAGAGGCUUGUACUGACUGUUAGAGACCACGCCUCUCAGUCACACCCUCAUAUUCGGCUACCCAGUGCUUCCGAUGACAACGAUGAGGCCUCUCAAGUCAGCUCUCUGGGUUCGGCUAGUCAGGACACCCCAGUCACAGCCAUGCAGAAUGUCCUUCAAGCCACCACGCUGGAUGACAGUGGCUCCGGGCCCAGUGAACUCCCCUUUGCAGAGGAGGAGCCAACUCCUCUCUGGACUAAUAUCGACCAGCCCGAGGCACACGACCCGUCCUACUCAUCCGAGUAUGCCCCUGAGAUCUACCAGUAUAUGAUGCAGAGAGAACGGGAGUUCGAGGUGGAGCCGUACAUGCACAGGCAGAAUGACAUUGGCCAUGCAAUGAGGACGAUCCUAGUUGAUUGGCUCAUCGAAGUCCAGGAGAACUUUGAACUCUUUCACGAGACCCUCUACCUCGGGGUCAAGCUGGUCGACAUCUAUCUCUCCAGAAAAGAAGUUUUACGAGAAUACCUUCAACUGGUCGGAGCCACCUGCCUCCUCAUUGCUUCAAAAUUUGAGGAGUUGAGUCCACCUCUAGUGGACGACUUCCUGUACCUAUGUGACGACGCAUACAAGAGAGAUCAGAUUCUGUCCAUGGAGAGAGAGGUCCUCCUGGUCCUGGACUACGACAUCAACAUACCCAUCGCCUACCGGUUCCUUAGGAGGCUUGCCAGGGCUGCGUCGGCUACAAUGGAGACACAUACAAUGGCCAGGUACAUCGCAGAGCACUCUCUUCAGGAAUAUCAGUUUGUUGACAUGAAGGCAUCGCAACUGGCAGCUGCUUCCAUGUACCUCGCACUUAGGAUGAUGAAACUGGGAGGAUGGAUCCUGAGAACUGUCCGUUUGAUGGAUGUAUGGGUGAGAAAGGAGAGCGUGGACCAAAAGGAGAGAGGGGGACUCCAGACUACUGCAACUGCACUGGAGAGACUGUUAUGUCGGCAUUACUUGGCCCACCUGGACCGAAGGGAGAGGUUGGUGUGUCUGGGCGAACUGGGCUUCCAGGGAAACCAGGAGUCAAGACAGGGGGAGAAUGGAGAACCAGGGGUGGCUGGAACCAAGGGAGAUCCUGGGACCCCAGGGACAUGUCCUGGUGACAAUGGGAGCUGCCCAGGGAUUGUGGGUCGCCCAGGACCCCCAGGGGUCCCAGGUAGAGCAGGAGAGAGAGGGGAACCAGGGGUACCUGCAAUCCCCCCACCAACAAUAAGACCCAGCUCAUCUGGAGCUCUGGGAACAUCUCGUGUGGAGGUGAUGAGUGUGAUAUCAAGUGAGAGCUGCUCUCUGGACAUUCAAGGGACUCUGAGACUUGACCCUAACACAAAACAGCUCUAUUACUGCAAUGGGGACCAGUGGACUUGCCUUGAAACUACUGUCUGCAGAGAACCUCCAUGCAUCAGUCCGUAUGGCCCUACGCCAGUGGGAGGGAUGUGGUACCAGGUCUUCCUCCAGAGUGUGACUCAGGACAACCAGGAUGCUGCAGAUGUGGUUCUGGUGGUGGAUGAGUCCGGAAGUAUGAAUAGAGAGCACGAAUGGCUCCUCAUUAUGAUCCCUCUACUGGAGCAAGUACUCGUGCAGGCUGGUGUUGGUGUUGGUGUUAGGAACAGGUACUGUGUUGUUGGGUUUGGAAGUUUUGCAGAGUUCGAGGGAGGACAUUUCAUUCUGGUCGACGGAGAGCCAUGUUUCUUAGCCUCUGACUUCCCCAGAGCCAGGGCUCAGCUCCUGAAUGCUGGACUUUAUGAGGAUGGCUACCAAGCUAUUGACUUUGCUCUUAAAAAUAUUCCGUUUCGAGACAGUCCCUUUAUUGCCAAGAACAUAAUUCUCAUUACAGACGAGGGUCGCACACCCAUACCCCAAGGAGCUGGGUUGAAUUUCACAGAUAUGGAGAAGCUGUUGAAGGAUAACGAUGUUAUACUCAACGUGGUGGUAUGGGCAGACUACAGACUCCGCAGUGACCCCAACGCAGUUGUUCUUGGAGUAGAUUACUCCGGACUGUCGUACGUCCUGGAGCCCAAUGGAGAGUUCAGCAUCAGAACUGGUCCAGUGGAAAUUACAGGGGGUGAAAAGGACACUGCUGAAAGCUACGUAAACCUUGCCAUUGCAGUUGGUGGAGCGUCCUGGGCUCUCAGAAUCCUGCGUGAGUCUUCGAUUUCAAGAAACGUCACACUUCAGGAGAGUUUCACAUCAGCAUUGACUGAGAUAAAAGUGAGGGAAAUAUCUGCCCAGAUCGAAUCUUGCAGAAAGUGUACGUGUGUAGCGGGGGAGGUGACGACUCGCAUCAGAUGUGAGAUUGCAGACGACUCCGAUUUCUGCCAGUGUGUGGUUGACAACAAUGGAGACCAGAGCCAAUGCACUCCCUCGGAGAUUGCAAGUGACGGGGACCUAGUGUUCGGAGCUGGUGGAGGGGACCUCUCAUCUGAGACUUUCUCCAUCCCCAGAGCAUCUGGAUAG